AUGGCCACGGACGCGCGGCGCCUGGCGGCGGCCGUGGUGCUCACUUCGUUGCAGCUGGCCAUGGCCGAGUCCAACGAUGUUAACGACUUCUUUGCGGAUGCCCAGGACCCGGAUAAGUGGACCUGGAAGCACUUUGUUGUCGCUGGUGCGCUCGCGGCCUUCGUCGUCUGCUGCCUGCCGACCCUCAUCUGCAUGUGCCUUGGCAAGCUGCUCUGCGAGGCUAUUGAACUGAUCGUGUGUUGCCCGUGCAACACAAUAAAAUGCCUCUGCUGCGGCGGCAGUAAGUCCCGUGGGUUGGAGCUGGAGUCUUCCGACGAGGACAGCGAGGACGAGGAUAUCCAGGAAGAGCAGCUGGUGAAUCGAGGCCUGAAGAAUCUUGGCCCAACACGGUGGGCGGACCGCCCAGGGCCCGCCUCCCGGCUCGGGCGGGGGCGCUCCCGGGCAGCAGGGGGCCUUGGCGCCGCACCACCAGCCGCCGAGUCAGGCGCAGCAGCUGCAGAUGAUGCACCACCACCACCAGCUGAUGUACCACAGCACUACGCGCACCAGCAGGCCGCGGCGGUCCAGCACAUGCGCGCUGCGCAGGCGCCCGCGUACCACUACGGCUACCCUGGACAGCAGCAGGUGAUGUACGCGAGGUGA